CGCGGAGGGUUGAUUUUCAACCAGCACAGCUGUAUUCGUGGAACCAUUACGCUAACGUGGGAAUGUGUUGCUUCCGCCUUUGAUGUCUGCGCGCGUACAACUUUCGAUUGGGGACGCAAGGGUGAGUGGGGCUGCAUGGUUUCGGAAGGAGUCUGGCCAAUAGACAGACAGUUUAUACACAUAGGCAAAGAAGGUGUCAUGGGCGUGCGUUCGUAAGCCGAGGAAGACAACUUCUGGCCGCAGCAAUUCUUGGAAAAGAAUCAAAAUUUUGCGUUUGCACGCCUUGAAUCGGCUGUUUACAUUAGUCAUCUUGUGAUUGUGCACUGUGAUCGGGUUGAACGGAUAGUUACUAGCGGUCGUGAUAGGUGCAAGGAAGUGAUUGUGAUUCAUAAGGGAUAAGCUUUAUUGAUUGCACACUCUUGCAAGGGUGAAUGAAAUUUUCACUCACGGUGCAUUCACUUUUAUUUAGUUCUGUGAAAGCUGAGGGGCGCGAUUCGAAAGAAAGUCAAUUUGUAUUUUAAACUGAAGCUUUGUUGGAAAUCAUUCUGAUAGUAUGGAUUUGAAACAAAAGGUAGCACUCGUUACGGGUGCAGCAACAGGCCUUGGUCGGGCGUUUUGUGAAGAGCUUCUGAAGCAUGGUGGCAAGGUAUCAAUUUGUGACUUGGACUCGGACGCAGGUGAAUUAACGGCAAAAGAGCUGGAACAUGAGUUUGGAGCGAAUCGAGUAUUAUUCUGCCAUUGCGACGUAACCGAUUACGUACAAUUCGAAGAGGCGUUCCAAUACACAAAAUCAAUAUUCGGCAGCAUUGACAUUGUCAUCAAUAAUGCAGAAAUCAUGAACGACAAGUUCUGGGAACUGGAAGUGGACGUUAAUUUGAAUGGUGCCAUCCGCGGAACACUACUCGCCCAGCAGUUUAUGAGCAAAGACAAGGGCGGUAAAGGUGGGGUAGUGGUAAACAUUGGCUCUGCUGUCAGCAUGAAGCCGCAGCUGUCGACACCAAUUUACACGGCGACAAAACAUGCCAUUCUCGGAUUAACCAAAUCAUGCGGCGAUAUUUAUCACUACAACAUUACGAAUAUCAGAACAAUCGCAUACUGUCCCGGGCCAAUUGAAAAUUCUGUCUCACACAACAAGCGAUUUAGUUCCCCUGCUCACGAAAAAGCGUGGAAACUUGACAUGUCAGAUGUUCAAUUUCAGAAGUUAGAGCAUGUGGCGAAAGAGUUGAUACCCUUGUUGAAGAGUGCACCAACGGGCUCUAUUUGGCUCGUUAGUAGCGGCAAGCCACCGAAAGAGAUCUCCUACAGUAGCGUCUAAAGCCAACUCAACUUUAAGGCUCGGGACCCACUAAACACACAGUAUUUCGGGAUUUACCGCAUGAAUGAAUUCCUCAUUAGCUACGAAAUCAUCUAAACUAUGGCGCAAAUCAUCAAAGUAACACUUAUUUAUCCGUUACAAUAUAAGACAACUAAUUGCGAGGACGCAACUUAUUACAUUACUGUCUCCUACUCAGUACUAUAUGACUCGCUUUUUGUACCAAAACUGGAAAUAAAACAUCCAUAAUUUAGGCGUACAAGAAUAUAAAUUUUAUAUGACACGACUGGUUUGGAAAACCAAAAAAAAACAACACAAUGACAACGGUAUCCGUAAUGCAAACACUCGACAAAUUUAUAUAUUUAUAAUCAAGCAACAUUGAUAUGAAGCAACUACUAUCGCUUUUGAUACCAUACCAUUGCAACAAUAAAUUUAAAG